UCUCUCUCCCAAACCAAAAAAAAAAAAAAAAUCACAAAACCAAAAGCAAAAUUUCAGCAAUCAGAUCACCAACAGUUUUUCUUCUCUCUCAAUUUUCAGUAAAAAAAUAAAAAAUUCAAUCUCCUUUGAAUUCUCCAAGCUGAAACCGACGGAGCUUGUAUAAUGCGCGAAACUUGUUUUCACUUCGUUUCCAUUCACUUCCAGGAAGAUAGGUGUUUGGAUGGAAUGGAAGGCACAAACACAAAAAAUCAGGAGGGUAGCAAGUACUAGUAUCAGCAGUAUUUACCAGUCAUAUUUAUGGCAUCUGCCAGCAUUGGGAAUGGGGGAGUGGGCAGUUCUAGGUCCGUUAAUGGCUUUAAGAGUUCAUCAAGUUCAGUUGACUGGCUGGGGCGAGAAAUGCUUGAAAUGAGAUUGCGGGACCAGGUGGACCACGAUGAAGACCGAGAUAGUGAACCGGAUAUAAUUGAUGGUGUGGGUGCUGAAACUGGACAUGUGAUAAGAACAACUAUUGGCGGCCGAAAUGGCAAUUCUAAGCAGAAAAUAAGUUAUAUCGCUGAACAUGUCGUUGGAACUGGUUCUUUUGGUGUUGUUUUUCAAGCAAAAUGUAGAGAAACUGGAGAGAUUGUCGCUAUCAAGAAGGUUCUCCAAGACAAGCGCUAUAAGAAUAGGGAGCUACAGAUUAUGCAAAUGCUGGACCAUCCAAAUAUUGUUGCCCUUAAGCAUUGUUUCUUCUCAACAACAGACAAGGAAGAGCUUUAUCUGAAUCUUGUACUUGAAUAUGUUCCUGAAACUGUUAAUCGUAUUGCGAGGACGUACAGCAGGAUCAGCCAACGAAUGCCCUUAAUAUAUGUUAAACUUUAUACAUAUCAGAUCUGCAGGGCUCUUGCUUAUAUACAUAAUUGCAUUGGUAUUUGUCACCGUGACAUCAAGCCUCAGAACUUGCUAGUCAAUCCACACACACAUCAGCUGAAACUUUGCGAUUUUGGGAGUGCCAAAGUCCUGGUGAAGGGAGAACCCAAUGUUUCUUACAUUUGCUCGAGAUAUUAUCGUGCUCCAGAACUCAUAUUUGGUGCCACUGAGUAUACAACUGCUAUAGAUAUAUGGUCCACAGGUUGUGUGAUGGCUGAGUUGCUUCUUGGACAGCCUUUGUUUCCUGGAGAAAGUGGCGUUGACCAACUAGUCGAGAUUAUCAAGGUUUUAGGCACACCAACCAGGGAGGAGAUAAAGUGCAUGAAUCCAAAUUAUACAGAAUUUAAGUUCCCACAGAUAAAACCUCAUCCAUGGCACAAGGUAUUCCAAAAACGUUUACCCCCAGAGGCAGUGGACCUUGUCUGUAGGUUUUUUCAGUACUCUCCCAAUUUGCGAUGUACUGCUCUGGAAGCCUGCAUCCACCCUUUCUUUGAUGAAUUAAGGGACCCAAGUACUCGUCUUCCCAGUGGCCGCCCUCUUCCUCCUCUGUUUAACUUUAAGCCUCAGGAGCUUUCCGGCAUACCACCCGACAUCGUCAACCGACUCAUUCCAGAGCAUGCUCGUAAGCAGAACUUAUUCAUGGCCUUGCACUCUUAGCACAACUAUUCCGACUCUGUUCUUCGUUGCUUCCAUGUGCCAUCUAUCACCCUGCUGCCAUUUUGGUCUUUGUUGUAUUGACGAAUGUAAAAAUCUUGUCUCAACUACCCUUGUUAGUUCCAGUGAGGAAAGGAGUGUUGCAAAAAGGAGUCUUUAGAACAAUUUGAGGUUUUGAGUUUGUGUAUUUGUGUUAUGAGGAUUUGAAGACUACUAGAACUUGUAAUUUGUUAAUUGUUAUAUCCCUGUUAUAUGGGCGAUUUUAGUGAGAUGAAAAAUAUGAGAAUAUCUGUAAAAAAGUAAUUUAAUUUGUUGUGGUCUUUCCUUUGA